AGAGUCCGGAGCAGCCGCCGCCCGAGCGCGCCGACCUCAGUUCGCCGCCCGCGCCGGCUCCCAUCCCGGCCCGACCCCUGCCCAGCCCGGCCAGGCUCCACACGCAGUGGCCACCAUGGAGGUGAUGAACCUGAUUGAACAACCCAUCAAGGUGACCGAGUGGCAACAGACAUACACCUAUGACUCCGGCAUCCACUCGGGCGCCAACACCUGCGUGCCCUCAGUCAGCAGCAAGGGCAUCAUGGAGGACGAUGAGGCCUGUGGGCGCCAGUACACGCUCAAGAAGACCACCACCUACACCCAGGGAGUGCCCCAGGGCCAAGGUGACCUGGAGUACCAGAUGUCCACGACUGCCAGAGCCAAGCGGGUGCGGGAGGCCAUGUGUCCUGGCGUGACAGGCGAGGAGAGUUCGCUGCUGCUGGCCACCCAGGUGGAGGGGCAGACCACCAACCUGCAGCGGCUGGCCGAGCCAUCCCAGCUGCUCAAGUCGGCCAUCGUGCAUCUCAUCAAUUACCAGGACGACGCUGAGCUGGCCACCCGGGCCCUGCCCGAGCUCACCAAGCUGCUCAAUGAUGAGGACCCGGUGGUGGUGACCAAGGCAGCCAUGAUCGUCAACCAGCUGUCGAAGAAGGAGGCGUCACGGCGGGCGCUGAUGGGCUCCCCCCAGCUGGUGGCGGCCGUCGUGCGCACCAUGCAGAACACCAGCGACCUGGACACGGCCCGCUGCACCACCAGCAUCCUACACAACCUCUCCCACCACCGCGAGGGGCUGUUGGCCAUCUUCAAGUCAGGCGGCAUCCCUGCCCUGGUCCGCAUGCUCAGCUCCCCCGUGGAGUCGGUCCUGUUCUACGCCAUCACCACGCUGCACAACCUGCUGCUCUACCAGGAGGGCGCCAAGAUGGCGGUGCGCCUGGCGGACGGGCUGCAGAAGAUGGUACCCCUGCUCAACAAGAACAACCCCAAGUUCCUGGCCAUCACCACCGACUGCCUGCAGCUGCUGGCCUACGGCAACCAGGAGAGCAAGCUCAUCAUCUUGGCCAAUGGAGGACCCCAGGUCCUCGUGCAGAUCAUGCGCAACUAUAGUUACGAGAAGCUGCUCUGGACCACAAGCCGUGUGCUCAAGGUGCUGUCUGUGUGUCCCAGCAACAAGCCCGCCAUCGUGGAGGCUGGUGGAAUGCAGGCCCUGGGCAAACACCUGACGAGCAACAGCCCCCGCCUGGUGCAGAACUGCCUCUGGACCCUGCGCAACCUCUCCGAUGUGGCCACCAAGCAGGAGGGCCUGGAGAGUGUGCUGAAGAUUUUGGUGAACCAGCUGAGUGUGGACGAUGUCAACAUCCUCACCUGCGCCACGGGCACCCUGUCCAAUCUGACGUGCAACAACAGCAAGAACAAGACGCUGGUGACGCAGAACAGUGGUGUGGAGGCCCUCAUCCACGCCAUCCUGCGCGCCGGAGACAAGGACGACAUCACGGAGCCGGCUGUCUGCGCCCUGCGCCACCUCACCAGCCGCCACCCUGAGGCCGAGAUGGCCCAGAACUCCGUGCGCCUCAACUACGGCAUCCCAGCCAUUGUUAAGCUGCUCAACCAGCCCAACCAAUGGCCCCUGGUCAAGGCCACCAUUGGCCUGAUCAGAAAUCUGGCCCUGUGCCCAGCCAACCACGCCCCCCUGCAGGAGGCAGCGGUCAUCCCCCGCCUCGUCCAGCUGCUGGUCAAGGCCCACCAGGAUGCCCAGCGCCAUGUGGCUGCAGGCACACAGCAGCCCUACACAGAUGGCGUGAGGAUGGAGGAGAUCGUGGAGGGCUGCACUGGAGCCCUGCACAUCCUCGCCCGGGACCCCAUGAACCGCAUGGAGAUCUUCCGACUCAACACCAUCCCUCUGUUUGUGCAGCUCCUGUACUCCUCGGUGGAGAACAUCCAGCGCGUGGCCGCCGGGGUCCUGUGUGAGCUGGCCCAGGACAAGGAGGCAGCCGACGCCAUUGAUGCUGAGGGGGCCUCGGCCCCACUCAUGGAGCUACUGCACUCCCACAACGAGGGCACCGCCACCUACGCGGCUGCCGUCUUAUUCCGCAUCUCCGAGGACAAGAACCCAGAUUACCGUAAACGCGUGUCUGUGGAACUCACCAACUCCCUCUUCAAGCAUGACCCCGCUGCCUGGGAGGCUGCCCAGAGCAUGAUCCCCAUCAAUGAACCCUAUGCAGAUGACAUGGAUGCCACCUACCGCCACAUGUGCUCGAGUGACGGGCUCCUGGACCCCCUGGAUAUGCACAUGGACAUGGACAGGGACUGUCACCUCGACACCUACAGCGACGGCCUGCGGCCCCCCUACCCCACGGACCACAUGCUGGCCUAGCUGCUCGGCCCCAGUACGGCGCCCUCCACUUUGCAGCCCUCCCUCCUGCCUGCCAGCUGCUGAGACAUGCUUUCCCUCUCUCCUAGAACCUCCUUCUCAUGGAGGCCUUCCCGUCCUUCUAGAACCUCCUUCUCACGGAGGCCGUCUCCUGUUGCCAUUGAAACCCUGGCUCCUUUUCAGGGGGAAUGAGUGUGGGGCCUCUUGCUGUUGAGUUCCCCCGAGGAAGGCGUGCCUUGGCUGCCUUAUUCUGUUAUCCUUCCUGGCCGUGGGGAGUCCUGCCCCUUCUGUGGGUAGCAAGUGGGUGACACGGGGUGGCACGAGCUCGUAGAGGACACUGGCCUGCCCUGACCCUACUGUGUCUGCCCCACCCCCCAGGUGCACUUCCUCGUCUGUGAGGCUCUUCAUGCAGGCGAUGGGGCGAGACACAACAGUGCCUGAGCUGGGGCAGCAGGGCCGCAACUUCUGCCCAACUCUGCGCCUCCAGAGGGCCUCUGUAGUCUUUCUUGGGAUGGUGAUCUGCUCCUGCUUUUCUGUUCUGGGCCGUGGGUCCAGGGCCUGACCCCCCGCCCCACCCCUGUGGCCCUGGCCACCAAAGCUUUAGACUCGAGCCACCCACUCUGUUGCCCCCUGCUGUCCCCCUUGGCUGCCCCGGGCCCCAUGGGGCUAUGGUUCCUGCUCCAGUAACUCCACCCGACCAACAGUCCUGAGCCCCCAGGGCCGCCAGGACCCAGGUUCAAGGCCCAAAGCCCCGGAAUCCAAAGCUUCUCUUGAAAAGUUCAGGGACCUUUGGGGAGAUGGGGUAGAGAUGUGGAGAGUGAGUCACCUGCUCCAGGACACUGCCUGCCUCUCUCUCUGGGACGCUGAAUUGGCUUUGGUGCCCCCCCCACCCCGGGGGAGCUCCAGGCACAGCUCCCUCGCACCCCCACAACUGCCCUAGCUGACCCCUGAGAAGUGCUCUUGGCUGACCCCUCUGGUGUGCGGUGAGGGGCUCUCUCUUCCUCUUCCUGUUUCAAACUCCCCCACCACCUCCUGCACAUGGGUGUGGGGGGCUGGGGGAGGUCCCGGCGGAGAGUUUUAUCAUCGCUUUAUGUUUUUGGUUAUUGGUUUUUUUGUAUAGACCAAAGCAAAGAAAAUAAAACUAACACACGGA